AUGAUUGAAUCAGCUUACAUGAACAAAAAGUCUCAAGUUGAACUCGAUGAUUAUACAAUCGACUUUAAUGAUAUGAUCCAAUAUAACGCAACUGAUGGUGAAAAACAACGUCGAGUGUGCCGUGUAUUCGGAAAUACGCCGGAAAUGAUGAUCCAUCCGAAUGGGACAAGAUUGAAUGCACCACGUUAUUUUGGUCGUAACAAGAAGGAAGCCAGUCGUUUUUUGGCUCCUUCAGAGUUAAUACCUAAAACUUUUGGUGAAUGUGAUAUUUCACAAAUUCCAUUGGUAGAAGAAUGGGUCAAGAAAAAUCC